AUGCUUGCAAUGGCAUCAUUAAUGCUUUUAACUUAAGCCUCAAGACAUGGUAAAUGGACUUAUUAUUGGAUAUGUUUUGAAUCAGAUGAAUCAGGAUCAGGCCCUAAAAAUACUUAACUCAAAACUUGUUCAGGAAAAACAAUCGCUACAGUUACAAGACAUUAUGCUGAGAGAGUGAGAAUGGAAGGAACCGGAAAACUCAAUGAUGGAAAAGUUAUCAAUCUUGGAGAUUGUGACUGUGGAGAUGGAUUUGAAUGCUUUGUACAAAUCGAUGAAAAUAAAUAUCCUUGGGGUAUUGGUUCAAAUGAUAAUCCCAUAUAUCCUUACACAAGUGUUGCAUCAAAUGAUGUCAAAGUUGGCACACAUCUCUUGGUACAUCAAAUUCAAGGUGUAGAACUUCCAGGAACAGGUGGAUAAAAGCACAAUGGAUGUGUCAGUGUAGAUGAUAAAGGCUGGUCAUUCGGCAGUAACCAUCUUGAUUUCUUUGUUGCCAAAGAAAAAUACUAUAAUGAACUAGACAAUAUCCUUAAAAUUACAAGUAUUGAUUAUGAAGAAUCAGACUGUACUCCAUUAAAUUAUAAUUUCAGUGCACACAAAUCUUAGUAAGAAACUCAUUAACACAACAAGAAUGAAGCAGAAGAGGAAAUUGAAUUUCUUCAAUGA